AUGAUUGAUGCUGGUUCCUCAGGCUCUCGUGUUCAUGUCUAUCGAUUUAAUUAUUGUCAACAAGAACCUCAAUUAGAAGAUGAAGUAUUAUUCCAUAUGCUCAAACCUGGAUUAUCAAGUUAUAAAGAUGAUCCUAUGGCUGCUGCUAGAUCUUUGAAUGAAUUAAUGGAUUUGGCGGUUGAAAAUGUUCCUACUGAACUUCAUCAUUGUACUCCUAUUGCCGUCAAAGCAACUGCUGGAUUACGAUUAUUGGGUAAAGAUGUUAGUGACAAAAUUCUAGCUCAAGUAAGAUCUCAUUUGGAAACCAAUUAUCCCUUCCCUAUUGCGGGUGAAAAUGGUAUACAAAUCAUGGAUGGUAGUGAUGAAGGUGUUUAUGCUUGGAUCACAGUGAAUUAUUUACUUGGAAAACUUCAACCUUCGCAACGUGGAAAUUCAGCAGCAGUUUUUGAUUUGGGUGGAGCAUCAACACAAAUUGUAUUUGAACCUGUCUUUCCUACAACAUUAGAAAAAAUGGUAGAUGGAGAUCACAAGUAUCAACUCGACUAUGGAAAAGGUGAACCUUAUUCAUUAUAUCAGCACUCAUAUCUUGGAUUUGGAUUGAAUGAAGCUAGAAAACAUGUAAAAGAAGCAAUGAUCAGUUUAUGGCAUGAUGAAGCCAUCAAGACAGGACGUGUAUAUCAUCCAUGUUUACCACUCAAUCAUACGGAAACAAUUGCCUAUACAUCAACCAAUCAUUCUGAACCUAUCAAUAUUCAACUUAUCGGUACAGGGGCUGGUUCUACUCAAUGUCGUGCUGUUGUGGAAAAAUUAUUUGGAAAGGAUCUUCCAUGUGCCACUUCACCUUGUGCAUUUAAUGGUGUCUAUCAACCUUCACUUGUGGAUACUUUCAAGCUUCGGGAUUUAUAUGUCUUUUCUUACUUUUUUGAUCUCACUCAACCCAUGGGCAUGCCUUUGGAAUUCUCUGUGAUGGAAUUAGGAACACUGACUCGUCAUGUAUGUGAUGGUGAUAUUACGGAUUUGGUCAAACAUGUGCCUAACGCUUUGGAAACUUUACGAUCGGAACCUGAUUAUUGUUUGGACUUGACCUAUGCUUAUAGUUUAUUGAAGACUGGUUAUGAUUUACCUCCUGAACGAUUAGUUAGAACUGCUCAAAAGAUUCAUGGGGUAGAAACUGGUUGGUGUCUUGGUGCUUCAAUUGCUAUGAUAGAUAGUUUUGGAUUAUGUAAAGCUUAG